CCAAGUGCAAGUGCCCAUGACGGAGCUUCCCUGACGCCGCGCGGCCUCCGCAUGGGCUCACUUCUCAAUUCUCCACGAUGCUGGCAACCAAGAAACUGCAGACUGCUGGACUGACUCGCGCAUUGGCCAAGCGUGGUCUUCGCUUUGCAAGCUCCGUAUCGACCGAUGAUACGCCGUACUAUGAUGUGGUAGUCGCGGGUGGAGGCGUCAUGGGCUUCUCCACCGCCUACCACCUUGUCACCGCCGCUCCCAACCUCAAGAUCGCUGUGGUGGAGAAGGAUCCCUGCUACAAAUACGCAUCGGCUAUACUAUCGGCUGGCGGCAUCCGCCACCAAUUCUCGGAGACGGAGAAUAUCCAGAUGAGCCUUUACGGCACUGAGUUCUUGAGCAACAUUGGCACCAACAUGAAGGUGGACGGUCAUGACGCUCCCGACGUGCAAUUCGUCGAAGGUGGCUACAUGUUCUUGGCCAGUGAACGCGGUUUAGAUGUGCUUCACCAGAACUACGCGACGCAAAAGGCCACGGGUGCCGACGUGCAGUUGCUUGACCCUGUGGCUCUCAAGAAGCGCUUCCCGUGGAUCAACACGGACGGUGUCGAGCAAGCCAUUUUGGGCAUGAAGGACCAGGGAUGGUUCGACCCCUGGGCUUUCCUCAAUGCCAUGAAACGAAAGAGUGUUGCUUUGGGUGUGGAUGUGCUGGAAGGCGAAGUUAAACACUUUGAUCUGGGGGGACAGAACCAGAUUGAAAAAGUGCACAUUGAGGUCACGAACUCGCCUGAAUGUGGUGACAUGCGCUUCAACUCAGUUCGUGCUGGUGUUGUCGUGAACGCAGCGGGAUGCUGGUCGAGUAAGCUGUUGGAGGCUUGUGGUAGCUUCGACUACCCGGUUAAACCUCGCAAGCGCUCCAUGUUCGCCUUCCACUGCGACGCCGAAGAAAUCUGGAAGGGAGAUGCCGCGACGCCGCUUGUAGUGGACCCCAAUGGCGUUUACUUUCGACGUGAGGGAGCUGGUGGUCGAUUCGUCUGUGGUUGGUCUCCUGAGCCUGAGGAUGACUACGAUGGACAGUCCACAGACGAGUUAGAUUUCCCGGAUCACGACCAUUUCGAGGAUCAGAUCUGGCCUACUAUUGCCCACCGUGUCAAGAGCUUCGAGGCUAUCAAGGUUCUUAGUGCAUGGGCAGGAUACUACGACUACAACACUCUCGACCAGAACGCUAUCAUCGGCCUGCACCCGGACGUCCCUAACAUGUACCUUGUCAAUGGAUUCAGCGGACACGGUCUGCAGCAAUCACCUGCUGCCGGUCGUGCAAUUUCCGAGCUGGUCCUCCAUGACGAAUUCAAGACUAUCGACUGCUCUCGCUUCAGCUUUGACCGUGUGCGUGCUAACGAGCCGUUUUUAGAGCAAGGAAUCGUGUAG